AUGUUGGGGCAUCAGUUGGUAUCAGUUGGCACUCGUAGGAAGAUCAACAGUGGCACCAAAUGUACUCGAAAUACAACGGUGGCAUCGACAAGAGAGCAACAUGCUGGCACGUCAUCCCUUAACUCAUUCCCUAAGCCCACCUUCUGCCCAGCCUCUCCCCACCGCCAACAGUCCACCCACACUCUCCUCUCAAACCACCACCCUCGACCGCCCACUUCCGCCCAUCCCCGCUCGCUCCCGCCCACCCCAGCUUACCCAAGCUUACCCCCACCCUCUCCCGCCUACCCCCGCCCACUGCUGCCCACUCCCGCCUACCCUCGCCCACUCCUGCCCACUCCCGCCUACCCCCGCCCACUCCCGCCCACCCUAGCUUACACCAGCUUACCCCCGCCCACUCCCGCCCACUCCCGCCUACCCCCGCCCACCCCAGCCCAAACUGUCGUGUUGACAUGGUCGAUUUUCACGCAACCAGGAAGUGGCUGA